AUUGCGUCAUCAACUACGCUCCAAAAAAUGUGAACACGUUUUUAUGUUGAUCUAUGUAAGCCAGAACGAAGAUAUGACCAACGCAUUAACUGAAUAUCACUUGUUUUUGUUUUCUUAUUGAUACUGAAUAUCCAGUUGAUAUUUUGUGUCAAACGAUCUGUGGUAUUUAUUAAAAUUUUCCCACGUGUGGUACCUUGCAAUGAGAAUCAUGAAGAGACCAAACAUUCUUCUCACAGGAACUCCUGGAGUAGGAAAGACCACUCUAGGCAAAGAGUUGGCUCAGAGAACAGGACUAACCUAUGUCAAUGUUGGGGAUUUGGCACAGGAUAGUCAGCUGUUCGAUGGAUUUGAUGAAGAAUACCAGUGCCCUAUAUUGGAUGAGGACAGGGUUGUGGAUGAACUGGAGGACAAAAUGGGAGACGGAGGCGUAAUAAUUGAUUACCAUGGCUGUGAUUUCUUUCCUGAACGCUGGUUUCACAUUGUUUUUGUCCUCCGCACAGACAACACCAAUCUCUACAAUCGUCUUGAAAGCAGAGGGUACAUAGGAAAGAAGCUCCAGGACAAUGUGCAGUGUGAGAUCUUCCAGACUAUCUUUGAGGAAGCCAUGGAAGCCUACAAGGAGGAGAUAGUCCACCAGCUCCCCAGUAAUACUCCCGAGGACCUGGAGAGGAAUCUGGAUCAAAUUGUUCAGUGGAUUGAACAAUGGAUGAAAGACAACAAUUGACAUGGGACAUUAUAUGUGAAAAGCUCAAGCACUUUUGAGUUCAUGUCAGAGUAGAUAGACAUCACAUUUCAUAGUUACUGUGGCCCCAGACAGAGUAUGUUUCUAUUCACUAAGCACUAAAAAUGUGUGAGGCUGGUAAUGAUUACUCUAUUUGAAAUAAGUUAAACACAAUUCCAAAAUGAAUGGAAGAAAUAAAUAUUUUUAUAUUGGGUAACUUUAUUUGUCUUGGUCUGCCUUGAUAAGUGAUUAAAGAUUAAUAAAAUUCUUUGAGAAAUGAUCUAGAAUUGUUUAGCUGCCACCCAAAUACCAGCAACAUUCUACAUAUGUUAGUAUUGGUAGGAUCAACUCUUACUCACAAAAAAUAAUGCUAAAUUGCAUGGGUGUUUCUCCUCACAAGAUGAUCAUAUGGUUCAUAAGUACAUAAUAAGUUUAUACUUAACAUAAUUAGAUUAAAUUGGGUAAUUCUUUUCUAAAACUAAUCUAGUUAAGUGUUGUUUACAGCAGGACAAAGUCACUCAUGAUGUAGAGUCUGUUUUCACUUUAAUCAGUCCUCUAAAUUGCCAUUUCUAUCAUUGCUAUAUAUUUUUUUGCUUUUAUUCCUCUCUUGAUGUUCUGUCAACAAUCAAACUAACUACUUCUAAAACUGCAAAAAUUCAUUCUUGGAUCAAGUCCAUCUGGCAUAUUUUCAAUUGUAGGAAUAAUAAUAAAACAUAAGAAUGGACAAAAAAGAUUUCUGUUGCUUCAGUCCGUAUAUCUAGACUAUAAAGCUUUAGCUAUAAGUGCUGUUGCAAUAGAUGGCUGAAGGUUUUUAUGUUGCAGCUUGGUUUCUUUUCAGUGAUUGUAUCAGUAAAAAAAAAUAUUAAAAAAUAUUCCAAAGUGCAAACCAAUUUCACUGAUUAAGUGGUUAUUGGAAUAAAGCAGUCACGUGAAUGAAAUUCAGUGAGUAGGUUCACAAGCAAUGUGAAAUUUCGAUAUGUUGGGCUGUUGUGUUUUCCUAAUCAACUACAGUAUGUUUAGCAAGGUGUUUAAGUUCAUUCUAAAAUAAACUAUUUUAAACUGU